AUGUCUUGCUUUGACUAUGACCACGCAGGUGCAAUUUGAGCUAUUGUUUUUAAUUUUUUGAGUAAAUUGUGGUGAUUUCGCAGGUUUUAAUGUUUUUUCCUGUCACAUGGGUCAUACCUGUUUAACAAGAUUUGGAUGUGUGUGUGUGUGUGUGUGUGUGUGUGUGUGUGUGUGUGUGUGUGUGUGUGUGUAUUUCUGAUUCUUUUAUGCAUCCCGAGCCAUCUUCUCGGAAAUACGCUCUACAUGUCUUCCUUAAUGUGUGCACAUUUAGGAGGCUUAAUGCCUACCAGGUGAAAAUUCUGUAUCAUUCCCCUCAUUUACAUUAACAGUACAUUAUGUUCAUCAUGCAGUCCUGCACUGUGCUUGAUGUUGUUUCAAUCGUAUUUACUGAGCAAUGAAUUUGCACACAUAUAGCAAGCACACUGUUAUACUCUUUUUUUUUGUGCAGCCAUAAUGUGAAUCUCAAAUUAUUUGGCCUAAUUUAGCCUGCGAGGCUGCUGGCUAGAGUUACCUGUGUGAAAGUGACACCUGCAGCUCUUGAUCACGUGAACAUGUGUGACACAGAUGCAGGUUCUGGAGAGGUCCAUCGCUACAGUGCGUGAACCAGCUCAUUACAAGAAAGGCCACACUUCAAUACCAGCGUGGAUCAAUUCAAACCUGCUUCCAGUAGGUUUAUAGGAUUUAUUUUGCAUGAAAGGAGGAUCGCCCUCUCCCUUUCACUCCGCCACCUUUGGGAAGGUUAUUUGACGUGGUCUUAUCAUGACUGUUAAGCAUUUCUCAGUGGAUUACAACAAGGUGAAUGAACGAGGCACCUUCUCUCCUGGGGACAUCCUGUCAGGGAGGGUGACAGUGGUGACCAGCAAGGAAACCAGGGUGCAGUGUUUUUUAGUCAGAGCCAAAGGAAAGGCCAAGGUGACGUGGUGUGAACAAGACGGACGAGCCAAAGGAGUUCACAGCGACAAGAAGAAAUAUUUCCACUUUGAACAUAUAAUUCUCCAGGAUAAAAACAAAGGAGACGGUUCAGAAAUCAUCGGCCCUGGGAGGAAUGAGUAUCCAUUCACCUUCCAGAUUCCAAAUAUAGAUAUGCCUUCUUCUUACGAGGGGAAGUGGGGCAAAAUCACAUACAGUUUGCGAGCACAGCUGACUCAGUCAAUCUGGCUCGUCCACAAAACCAAGACUGAGUUCCCUUUCCUGACCAAGUCUGAGUUCCCCUUUGCCUCCAAGUCAGAAAUGAUCAUCAUUGGACUUAAGGAGCAGCAAUAUGCAACCACCAUUUCAUUUUACGGCUCUGAAAAGGUUACGAUGAAUGUUACCUCAGAAAAAAUGGGAGUAAAGCAAGGUGAGGCACUGGGAGUCUCUGUGGAAGUUCUCAAUGACUCAGCGCGAUCAGUAGCACCCAGAUUCUACCUGUGUGAGAAGCAGACCUUCGCUGCACAGACAAAGAGGACUGUCCACACAAAUGACAUCCUGUUUGGGGAGGGAGACCCUGUUCCAGCUGAGGCCAGUCGGACUAUAACCAAAGUCCUGAGUAUCCCUCCACAGCUGCCCCCGACCUUCCUCAACUGCCGCAUGAUGAAGCUAGAGUACAGACUCAAGGUCACUCUUGAUGUCCCUCUGGCAAGAGACCCAGAGAUCAAACUUCCUCUGGUCAUUCUGUUGGGUUCGCCCAAACCACAUCAACAAAAACCAAAGCGAUCCAUCUGGUUCAGGAAGCUUCCUGGUUGACGAGAUGCUGUAAACGUUUCUUGGGGAAGUUGAAACUACCAUUAGUGCACGAGAAUUUGUCCUCUAUGUGCUCUGUUGUCCACUAGAUGGAGAUGUGUGUCACUAAGUAGUCCAGCAGGAACAGCUGAUAAUUUGAGUGAAUGUACUGAAAUCCAAGUACUCAGAUCCUUUACUUAAGUAGUACAAAGUACAAAUAAAUUAAUGCAUACUCCAUUACAAAUAAAGUUCCUGCAUUUAAAAUCUUACUUAGUAACAGUGUGUACGUAUUAUCAACUGGCCCCUGUGACUGACAUAUUUUAAUCUAUUUCAUUAUUAGAUUGUCAACACUGAUGCAUCAAUGCAUAUAGCACUUUAGUGUGUAGCUGGUUGAGGUUUGAGUUAGUUUCAGCUACUUUAUACACAGUUUGUAGUUUAGUUUGAUGGUGCAGUGAAAAAAAAGUUCUGCUACAUAAAUGCGUUUUCAUUUUUGUAAAAUAUUGGAGAAUUUUAGCUGUUUGAGCCUCAAAUAAUUAUUUGAAUGAAACCAUGUGAGAAGUUUAGAGGGGAAAUGUCUCUCUGGUGGAACUCCUGACUGCUCAUUGACACGAGAAACGUAACAAGAGGCCCCAAAUAGAUGCUGCUCUUUUGCAAAGGGUCACAAGCUAAAGGAAACACUGGUUUAACCUCUAAACAUACAUUCUGUUAACUACUAAGUGAGUAGUCAAUUUACUCUUCACUACUGCAUUGGACUGUGUGUAAAAAGCUGAAUUUUCAUGUCCUUAAUACACUUGUUAAGCAUCGAAGGGCUUCUUCUCUACGAGACAUUCAUUACUUUUAGCAUAUAUGAACAAUUUACAAACAGUGAAUCAGUAAGAGAUGAAAAUUAGAAGUCUGGGCGUUCUCACGCUCAUCCUUUGACUCAUUCUGCAACAGAGGAAAGUAUUGAACAAAGGCACAUUCAUGAUUCUAACAGUCCAUGUGUUACCCAACCAGCGGUUCUUAAGUGAAACCAGGCCCAUGUUCUCGAUCAGAGGCUCAGAGAUCUCUCCCUGCCCAGGAGGGGAAACAUGUUGAGAGCUGAGCAUUUUAUGGUUAGGAUUCAUCCUGGAAACAUUAGAUCUGGCUAUUGUGACACCACAUACAGCACACCCACCUACCCAGAGAGAGAGAGCGAGAGCGAGAGAGAGCAGUUUGGUUCUGAUGCCCAAAAUCGCUCUCACGGUUUCACAUUUAGCACAGAAAAAAGUGAGGGAAAAUGACAAUAUUCGACUCUCAACGUUCAGAAUAUAAAAGCACGAGAGAGACAGACACGGGCUUCACAUUCCACUGUUCUGGUGUACAUGUCCUCUGCAAUGCUUUUGUGGGAAGUGGAAAAUUAAACUCAU